UUUGUUACCGAAUAAGUUGUCUGGCUGACAGGAAAUAUUUCAUAAUUGAAAAGUAAAUUUAAAGUAUUCUUUGCAUUCAAAUAUAGUAGAUAGAUARACCAUCUCAAAUUCAACGGAAUAGGCAACCCCUCAAUUAAGCAUGUUUUGAUUUUAGGAUCUUUUACUUUUGUAACACAAAAAGCACAACUGAGAAUUUAUAUUGAAUAGAACACAAAACGCGGCCCUCACAAUGCAUCAGGUUUGGACACGCGCUGAGCUAUCCACCGUCGCUAAGGAAACCCACGAAAUAUUUCCAAAGGACUUGCCACAGCCCCGACAAACCUCAUUUGUGCCAUCCUACGAGAAGGAGCCGCCGGCGAUGAGCCUGUUGUUGGGYUGGGAAUAUGGUCGGCUGUGGUUGAAGGAGCACAAGCAGUCAAUCGAAAAGGAGACGUCCAAGCAAAAGCCCUACUUCGUUGAAUCUGACUUCAGCUGGUGGGUGAGCAAGCGCACCGUGGUCCUAGAUCGCCGCCAGAUCUUCACCAAGAAAAAGCAGAAUCCUCACGUCAAGAACUGCAACCUGACGGCAUUCGCUCUUUCGAAAAUCAAUCGGCUCAAGUACAAGGAGGAAGAAGCGGCUGCCAAUGGGGCUAAGGCCUCCAAGAGCCCCGACGCUGCAAAGGCAGCCCGCCCUCCCGACGGGCAGCCGGCACCGUCUGCCGACGCUGAAAAGGCGAAGAUAUGCAACUGCAAGGACUGCAAGCAACGGCGCACUGGAGGCCAGGCGACUAAAAGGACAGACCAUAAUCACGAGGAUCGCAGGUCCACAUCAAUCCCUUGGUAUUGAAAUUAAUCACGUAAUUUAAUACAAUCGCCUGAAACGCCCAAGAGGUUUCUAAUAUUCUCUAACUUAGAUACGAGUCAUUGAAAUAAUUUUUUAAAAGAGUU